AUGGACCGAGUCCAUGUGCACCAAACCCCCUCUUUCCCAUCCACCACAGAUCGCUCACGUCACGGCCAGAAGGACAAAGCUGCGCAAAACCCUGCCCCUCUUCGCCUCCAGAUUCCAGAAGCAAGCAAGAUGCUCCGACGCGUCGCCGGCGCCGCCGCGGCGCCCCUCCGACGCUGCCUCUGCAUGGCGGCCUCGCGCCCUCCCUGGGCCCUCACCUACAGGAUGGCGGCGCUGGGCGCGUCGGGGGCGCCGUCGCCGGCCGCGCGCGCGUCCUUGGACCUCCACCAGCCCCCCUGCGUCUCCCAGCUCUCCGUCCCCACCCACCUGGCCGACGGCAUGGACCUGGCCGCCGCGACCAUCCAGGCCGCGAGCUGCGACGGGCUCCUCCUCCUCGACUUCGCCGACACCGGCGACUGGCCCGAGGCCAUCCGCGACUGCGGUGGCAGCAGCAAAGCGAUGCCCGGAUUGGCCGCGUGCGCCGCCGCCGUCGAUCCGGGCGUCAGGCGCUUCGUCUGCAACCCUCUCAGCGGCCAGCUGUUCCGCCUCCCCGUCCCCAGCAUGGAUGCCGCGCUGACGACCACGCCCUUCGGCCUGCUCACCCAAUCCGACGACCCCCACGGCCCGCCUGACAGGUUCGUGGUCGCUCAACUCUGCCUCCGGGAAAGGGACGGCCAAAGGGUCGUGCGCCGCUUUCGGUCCGAAACAGGGGAGUGGGACGAGCCGCCGCUGUUCGUCCCGUCCGCGGCCCCGGCUUGGCGCCCAAUGCCGAACCACGAGGUGGUGGCGUUCGGCGACCGGCUGUGGUGGGUCGACCCUUUCUUUGGUGUCUUCUCUGUCGACCCAUUCAGCGAUCGGCCGGAGCAUGGCUUCGUCGCGCUGCCGCGCUCGCUGCCCAACUUUGACAUGGACGCGCCGCUCAUGCUGUUCCGGCUCUUGGGUGUCAGCGAGGGGAAGCUGCGCUAUGUCGAAUUGACCACCAAGGAGCCGUUUAUGCUCUACUCGUUCUCGCUCGACGACGAGGGGUCCUCCUGGAAGCUAACACAUGAGAAAAGAUUGAACCUGGUCUUGUCUGACAAAUCCAUACCUAGGGAAUGUGAAAUGCCGUGGAUUUCUGCAAUUGAUCCAUUCAAUGCCAACAUUUUCUAUUUCACACAUGGUGACCUUGUCUGUGAACUCGACAUUGAUAAGGGGGAGACUGGGAGUAGUUCUUUUCCAGACAGCAUCACCUCUCGGAGCUACAGCUCUGCCUUCUUUGUGCCUGUAAUGCUCCCAACAUGGCUUGAAUCAUACAACCUCCCGUGUGCAGGAACACUUUCGAGAAAGGCGACCAAUGGAACAAGGAAGACUUUGGCAGACAUGCUGGUUCGUGUUGACUGUUGA